UUGCAGAGAAAGCAGCAGCUGUAGCCCUAUGGUGCUCAUUUUAGAGACAAUCAGCUUGCAGGUUGCAUCUCUUUCUCCUCUCUAUGGAAAUCCAUGAAGUGGAUCAUGGUCUUAUCCGCCAGUUGCUUGCCGAUUCAGAGGAGACUUUUGGUGCAUGUACUGCGAAAAUGCAGGCCCCCGCUCCAUAUAACUGGAGUACUGACUGGAGCUUUUGGAUCUCAAGUUCCACUUAUAAAUAUAGGAGUGAGGAGUUUAAGAGACAGUUUUCACAUCUGCCAGAUUUGGAGAGGCUCAUAGUAGAUUAUGCCUGUGCCCUCCAGAAGGAUAUUCUGCUGCAAGGACGCAUGUACCUCUCUGAAAACUGGCUCUGUUUCCACAGCAACAUCUUCCGAUGGGAGACCACGAUUUCUAUUGCCUUGAAGGAUAUAACCUUCGUGACAAAGGAGAAGACUGCACGGCUCAUUCCAAAUGCCAUCCAGAUUGUAACAGAAGGGGAGAAGUUUUUCUUCACGUCCUUCAGUGCUAGAGAUAGAAGCUACCUCAGUAUCUUCCGCUUAUGGCAGAAUGCACUGCUGGACAAGAGACUGACCAAACAGGAGUUCUGGCAACUGGUACAACAGAGCUAUGGCUCUGAGCUGGGCCUGAACAGUGAGGAGAUGGAGAGCUUUUACUCGUCCUCUGAAGACAAUGGACAGUCUAGAUCCAUCAUUUGUGAUGAUUCUGGAGACAGAGAUGAAAAAUUACCCAAAGCAAUCUGUGAAAUUCAUGAACCCAUCAUUCAGAUAGUAGAGGCAGAGCCAUUCCAUGGAAACACACUGACAGGAGGGUCUGAGCAGGAGGAAUCCCAAAAUGAGAAACAGGACAAGAGGAGCCUUCUGUUGCCUUCAGAAAAGAAACCAUUUAAGCUAGAGAGACGCAGGCUCCCAGCACAGUCCCUGGAGCCAAUCGAUAAUGAGAAUCUUCUGGAGAAGAGCAGUGCCUCAGAUAGUGAGGAAGAAGCCAAGGAGACUGUGCCUGAGAAUGACCUGCAUGGGAGACUCUUUAUUAAUAGAGUUUUCAAUAUCAGCGCAGACAAGAUGUUUGAAAUGCUUUUCACCAAUUCCCAUUUUGUGCAGAAAUUUCACAACACCAGGAAUAUAGUAGAUGCUGUAUCGACCCCUUGGAAUAUGGACAGCAGUGGCAAUCAGUUGAGGACCCUCACCUACACUAUAAUGAUUAACAAUCCGCUCAUUGGGAAGUACACAACUGCAACAGAAAAGCAGACCCUGAAUAAACAGAGCCAGAAAGGUCAGUCUUAUCGCGUAGAUGCAGAGGUGCUGACGCAUGAUGUCCCAUAUCAUGAUUACUUCUACACUGUGAACAGAUAUUCCAUCACCCGCACAUGCAAUCAGAAAUGCAGAUUAUGGCUUUCCACAGAUGUGAAAUACAAAAAGCAGCCAUGGGGCCUCAUCAAGUCUCUGAUUGAGAAGAACACCUGGAGCGGGAUAGAGGAGAAUUUCAAACAACUUGAAUCAGAUCUGCUAAUGGAAGAAUAUGCAAUAACCCAAUCUAUAGAAGAUCCUGGGAAACUUAUUGCCCUAAGAAGACGACGACGGAAUUUACACCGGAAUAUGGCAGAGCUGCUUCCUAAGCGUUCUUCACAGCACUCUUCUGGGGACAUUGGAUUAGAGUCCCAGGGCAACGUAGUAGGAAGGAAAAGGGAUGCUGCAAGGAAGACCACAGCCAUCAUUGUGAUAAUGAGCAUCUUUUUGCUGCUCUUGGUUUUGCUGAAUGUGACUCUCUUCCUUAAACUAUCAAAGAUAGAGCGUGCAGCUCAGUCAUUUUACCGGGUCCACCUUCAGGAUGAGAAGUCUUUAAACUUAGUCCCUGACAUGGUGUCCAGAGAAGAUAUCCCUCAGCGUGACAAGGAACAGGUCCAGCAGGUGAAGGGGGUGCUGCAAGACUCUAUUGCAAUGCUUGAACAGCUGAAGAGCUCCCUUUCUAUGCUUCAGAGAAGCUUUGAUCACCUGAACAAGACCAAGAGUGAUGAGACUGAGAGUUAACAUUACCAACACCCACAACUCAAGAUGUCAUGAGAAUGAAGAUGCUGCAUAUCUGUUUGGGGGUGGGGGUUUUGACAUUCUGUUGCCUCAGAGCUUUUUACUAUUUUUUGUUCAGCAGCUCCUGGUGCAGCUAAUACAGACCUCUGGAUAAAACAGGGCAGGUUCUGAGGUCCUGUAACUCUGAGAAUCUCUACCCACCACCCCCAUACAUCUGGUUUUCUUGUGAACAAGCCAGAGGUGUGAAUGAGUGAGAACAUUAUACUGUACUGUGUAACUGUGAUGUGCAAAUUACAGAGAAGUGCAACCUCAGCACAGCAAUGACUGUAUCUAAUGAAAACUGAACUCUUUUAUAUUGAUUUGAAGAAUCAGUGGCACUAAGCUACAGCGGGGGCAGGACGGGGGAUGUUCUGUAAAGAAAUAACAGCAGGCAGUGAUUUCACAUAUCCAGGAUAUUCAUAUGCUCCUUCAUAGACAUACAUAUUGUGUAAAACAAGUCAGCAGUUUGAAAUACCCAUAUUUAUUUUUUUAAGAUUGCAUUUUUCUGUUUCACUCAAAAUGAAAGAGCUCCAUGUUUAAUCUCUUAUUAAAUUGUUCUGCACACUGA